AGUAACAUCGAAACAGUAGUAGGUUUUGUGCUGUUAUUAAUAAGCUAGUGGGAUGUAUGUUUGGCUUUGUUCAGACUGUGGACACAAAUUUAGUGUAAGCCCCUCCCAAGAGGAGGACAGCGGAUGCCACCCUUUAUCCAUACACACGCUCACUCACUGUAUGAUCCUCCUGUGUGAAAUGGAGCUGAAUUAGGGGCCCUUCACUUUAUGGCCACUUACAGGCUGAAUGCGGUAACCAGCGGUUUGUUUUGCGUAUGAGCGUUCACGGCAGAAAUGAUGUGGAGAUACACGAACUUGUUCGCAUGCCUGCUGGUCCUGUGCAAGGAUGCGGCUUCACAGAGCAAGAUAUUUGGCGAGACAGAGCCUGUUCGUAUGGUAUCAGAGGGCUCCGACUGCCGCUGUAAGUGCAUCAUGCGACCUCUGAGCAGGGAUGCCUGCACACGGCUGCGCAGUGGCAGUGUUCGUGUGGAGGAUUUCUAUACCGUGGAAACAGUCAGCUCGGGAUCUGACUGCAAAUGUUCUUGCACCGCUCCGCCAUCCUCCCUCAACCCCUGCGAGAAUGAGUGGAAGAUGGAGAAGCUGAAGAAACAGGCUCCUGAGUUAUUAAAGCUCCAGUCUAUGGUGGAUCUGCUCGAGGGAACACUUUACAGCAUGGAUCUGAUGAAAGUCCACUCAUACAUCAACAAAGUGGUGUCUCAGAUGAACACCCUGGAAGAGACAAUCAAGACAAACCUAACACGAGAGAAUGAAUUUGUCCGUGACAGCAUGACCAGCCUGACCAACCAGUUUAAGAGAUAUGACAACUACUCCAACAUUAUGAUGAGCAUCAAGAAAGAGAUCUCCAGUCUCAGUCUGCAGCUGCUUCAGAAAGACUCUUCUGAGACCAAGCACAAUAACGAUGAGACCAAGCCCAAGAGCGUCAUAAAGCCACUCAACAAAAAGCCUCCAUCAUCCAAGCCCCCUCCCAAACCCAAAGAAAAAGUAAUCAAGCCCAAAAAGGAGGUCACUAAACCUGUGAAACCACUGAAGCCCGAUCCUACAGCCAAAACCAAGGUGGUUGGCCACCAGCCAGGUGUGGUCAGAGGCAUUACCUACUACAAGGCUGCCAAGAGUGACGAGGAUGAGGUCAGAGGAGACAACCCAGCCAAAACAUACACACGCCAUCAUAUUACCGAAACCCAGUCUGAGGACGGCGGAGCUGAAAUGGUACUUGAAACCAUGGAUUCUACAGUUGCAGAGACUACCACACCUACCGCAUUUGCUACCGGUAUCACGACGACCACCACCAAGACUGCUUUUAUCCCACCAACCACUACCAUUGCACCAACCACGACGAUCAUCACCAGCCAAAGCACAGCAGCCACCGAGAGACCAGCCCCCACUAUUGUACUACUGCUUGACAACAGCAACAACAACAGUCGACCUUCUCUCCACAGAGCAGGGAAACUCCUUCACUGUGAAGGGACUCUAGCAUCAAUCGAGCAGCCAGAGAAGCAACACAGUUAUGGUCGUAAUGAAGGAGCCUGGAUGAAGGAUCCACUGGCCAAAGACUCGAAGAUCUACGUUACCAACUAUUACUAUGGCAACAAUUUGGUGGAGUUUCGCAACUUGGAGAACUUCAAACAAGGCCGCUGGAGCAACCUUUUCAAACUUCCUUACAAUUGGAUUGGCACGGGUCACGUGGUUUACAAUGGAGCCUUCUACUACAAUAGAGCCUUCACCAAGAACAUCAUCAAGUAUGACCUGAAAAUGCGAUACGUGGCUGCCUGGACAUUGUUGCAUGAUGUGGUUUACGAGGACACCACCCCAUGGAAAUGGAGAGGUCACUCUGAUAUUGACUUUGCAGUGGAUGAAAGUGGACUGUGGGUGAUCUAUCCUUCAAUAGACUAUGACUACAACCAACAGGAAGUGAUUGUCAUUAGUAAACUUGAUCCUGGAGACCUGUCCUUAAAAAAGGAAACCACCUGGAGGACAGGUCUCAAGCGGAACUCUUAUGGCAACUGUUUCAUCAUCUGUGGUGUCUUGUAUGCUGUCAAUGUGUACAACCAGAAGGAAGGAGAAGUGCGCUAUGCUUAUGACACCCACACCAACACAGAGGCCAUCCCACGUCUGGCCUUUACCAAUGAGUAUUCAUUCACCACACAAAUCGAUUAUAAUCCCAAAGAGAGGGUUUUGUAUGCCUGGGACAAUGGCCAUCAGCUUACUUAUCGGGUCAACUUUGUCGACCAGUGAGAACAGCCAUAAAUACAGUCAGCUCACAACAUGCCUGCUGUUAUGGACAAGAAGUGCUCCGUAUUUUAUAGCCUCUUUGUCCUAAGAAGACCCAGGACGUACCAUAACUUCUAGUAUCAAUGCAUGUUAUUCAAAAUGCCAAUCUCGCUGUUGACUGGGUGGAGACGAUGGACAUAAUCUUACAGGCUGACUUGAAGGUCAACAGGCAGAGCUCAUGUAAAUAUAUUGUAUUAAGUUCAUUCAUGAAAUGUCAGCAGGCUGGCUUACUAUUUGAGUAGUGAAAAAUCAAACAGAUCAUUUUGCAAAAACAAAAAAAAAAAUUGAAAAUCUGAACCAUUCAGUGAUAGAAAGAAAAGCCAACAAUGGCCACUGACAACACUUGAAAUUGACAAAUGUAAUGUCGAUAAAACAUUGACUUUACAGUUUUUAUUCAUUGUACGCUGCAGAUACGGGACACCUUGUGCCGGAUGCUGCAGAUUCCUAUCUGUUUCACAAAAGGUGAAAACGAAAAAUGAAAGAUGAUGUGACUUGCCAAAAAAGCUCCAGUUGUCUUUCAUCUUUCCAAAGGACCCUCUCCUCGAAACUUUGUGGCUUGACCACACACAGUUUGGCAAGUUUAAUUAGUCGUCAGUUUCAGAUGAAUUCAGUGAAAAUUGAAGGUUUUUCUUUCUUUAUCAGAACGGUACCAACAAGUGCCAACAGAACAUGUGACAUGAGCCACUUAAAGGGAAUUCCAGGCUUGCAUUUAACAGCAUAAAUGCCUUUUCAUAGUUUCAACUGCCUUAUAACCUCAACAGAAAAGUGAGAAGCCAAGAAGCAGGGCGAAUUGCAACUCAGAUGAUUAAGUAAAAACCUUGAUUAACAGCUUUAGCGCGACAAAAACACUGUUCUGUAUAUAUUUACAGGACGCUUUGCAUGCAUUAAAUGGAAAAAAAAAAAAAAAUUUUAAAAACACGAUUGCUAAACAAAUCCAUCUAUCUGUCUUCAGCGCCUUUUAUCCUUCUCUGGGUCGUGGUGUGCUGGAGCCUUUCAGCUGACCUCAGGCAAAUGGCAAACUUCACUCUGGACUAAUCGCCAAUCAGUCGUAGGGCACAUAUACGGACAGACAACCAUUCACGCUUAGAUUCACACCGUCACUGAGUGGGAACUGAGCCCACACUGCCUGCACCAAACUCAGACGAAUGCAUCGCUACACCAUCAGUGACCACUAGCCAAAAGAAUUGGAAUGUACCGUAUUUUCUGCACUAUAAGGCGCUUUCGGAUUAUAAGGUGCACCCUCAAUGAAUGGCCUAGUUUAACAGUGUUUUCAUGUAUAGGGCGCACUAUAAGGCGCUUAGAAUAGAAGCUUCAAUAAUGGCUGAGGUUGCGCUAGCAUCCACUAGAUGGAGCUACGCUAAAGGGAAUACAACACAGUACAAUGCAGCUUUAUUUAUAUAGAGCCUUCCAAAGUGCUGCAGCUGUAGUAAAGCCAUGAGAGCUGAUCACAAACGCAGACAUGAAACAUAAAAAUACAAAUGGCAUUACAAAACAAUGAAUGAAAGACAAAAGUUAUGAAGACAAUUGAUUCAACAAAAAGGCACACAAACCUCGUGGGCUUACAUCUACAAGGGGAUAAAAUCCUUAGAGGUCUUGCUUGUCUCCUUCUUCCUUCGUUUAGUCAGU